AUGAGUCGGCCGGAGCACCUUCUCCCCGCGGACGUUUAUUAUGGAGAAGAAGAGACGCAGCGCUACGCCCGCAGCUCCCGCAUGCAUGCAGUGCAGCGGCAGCUGGCAGAAAGGGCUCUGGAGAUGCUGCUGCUGCCGGAGGACGAAUACCUGAACUGUAGAGUUCUGUGUACGAUCCAUCGACGACAGGAAGCCAGAGAGUUGGAGAACCUGGAAGCUGCAGAUGCUCUGCUCGCGGACUUGGGAAAACCCUUCUACUUCAGGCCAGGCACAUUUGACGGGGCCAUUUCUAUCAGCGCCAUUCAGUGGCUCUGUUCAGACAUUAAGUCGGAUAUAGCCGACGCUGUACGUACACCCGAAAACACAGCAGCAGCAGCAGCAGCAGCAGCAGCGGGAGCAGCAGCGGGAGCGGAAGCAGCGGGGGGGAGCAGCGGCGGGGGUGAGGAAGAGGACAUGGACGAGGAUGAGGCCUCGGACCAGCAGCUGCUGCUGCUGCAGCAGCAGCAGCAGCAGCAGCGGCAGCGCAGGCCCGCACACGCUGCUUCUUCCUACAGACGCCAAACUUGCUUCUUUGAACAUCUCGCGAGAGCGCUGAAGCCCGGAGCUCGAGCAGCCUUACAGUUUUACCCAGACAGCGCGGAGCAGCUCGAAAGCCUGACUUCUGCUGCUCUGCGCAGCGGCUUCGAGGGUGGCCUUGUAGUUGACUUUCCCAAUUCAACCAGAGCCAAAAAGUACUUCUUAUGUUUGUGGCUGCCAGGAGGCCACGCGCGGAAGCUGCAGCAGCUGCCGAAAGCCCUGGGCACUUCUGCGAUUAUCAACGAAGGAAGAGAACGGCCUCUGGUAUCUGGGCGGAGAGCGAAGAAACAAAUUUCUAAGAAGGAAUGGAUCGCCAAGAAGAAAGAGAAACAAAGCGUGAAGGGAAAGAAAGUUCGGCCAGACUCGAAGUACUCUGGAAGAAAAAGAAAAGACAAAUUUUGA